AUGACAUUCUAUUCACUUUUUCCAUCCUGUUUAAUGAUUCUAUUUGGUUGUCUUACAAUGAACAAUAUACGCAAACGUCGUCAACUUGUUUUAGUAUUAUGCGAAUAUAAUAGAAUUAUUCGACGUACAGAUUAUCAAUUAUUACGUAUGUUAGUAGCUCAAGUACUUGUGAUUAUUAUUAAUACUUUAUUACAGACAAUCUAUCAAAUUUAUGCAUAA